GAACAGAAGACACGUAGUCUACGUGGCUAUGACACGUGGAAACAAGCGGACAGUCAAAUGCGCUGAGAAAAAAAAAACUAAAAAGGUUAAGACUAAACUCAGACUCAGUUCGGUUGGGUUUGAGCGCUUCAAUGCAAUUUUCUCAUUGGCAACGAAUUCCUAUGCAGUUACCGCCGUUUCAGCCGGUUACUUCAUCUCUACGCUCGAAUUGAGAGAAUCGAAUUUAAGGAAACCGAGUUUGAGUUUGAGGAAGAAGAAGAAGAAGAAGAGUAAGCGGCAGCAGCCAUGGAUAUUACGGAAGUAUCAAUAAUACAUCACGUGGGGAUUGUGCUACUCGGUCUAUGGUUUCUUGCUAAAUUCAAUUGGUGUCACCCUGUGGCCUACUUCAUUUCCCUGGUUUAUUUGUAUCUGGUUCAUGAGCGCUAUGUUAUGCGAUUGAAGAAAAAAGUGCAGUUUGAGGAAAGAAAACAAGCUAAUCAGAAAAGGGUGCUUACUGAUUCUGAAACAGUCCGGUGGCUGAACCAUGCAGUUGAAAAGAUAUGGCCUAUAUGUAUGGAGCAAAUUGCUUCACAGAAGAUCCUCCUCCCUAUCAUUCCUUGGUUCUUGGAGAAGUACAAACCGUGGACUGCUAAACAAGCCACAGUUCAGCGUCUUUAUUUGGGUAGAAAUCCACCUGUAUUUACUGAAAUGAGGGUUCUUCGUCAGUCUACUGAUGAUGAUCAUUUGGUUCUGGAGUUGGGAAUGAAUUUUCUGACAGCUGAUGAUAUGAGUGCAAUACUUGCUGUGAAGCUAAGAAAAAGAUUGGGAUUUGGAAUGUGGGCAAAGUUAAAUAUAACUGGCAUGCAUAUUGAAGGAAAGGUCUUGAUUGGGAUCAAGUUUCUGCGUGACUGGCCUUUCCUUGGUCGUAUACGGUUAUGCUUUGUUGAACCUCCAUAUUUUCAGAUGACUGUCAAGCCUAUUUUUACUCAUGGGCUUGAUGUCACAGAAUUACCUGGGAUUGCUGGGUGGCUGGAUAAGCUACUUUCCAUUGCUUUUGAGCAGACGCUUGUUGAGCCUAAUAUGCUGGUUGUUGACAUGGAGAAAUUCGCCUCACAAAAUCCAGAAAAUUGGUUUUCUGUGGAUGAGAAAGAGCCUGUUGCACAUGUCAAAGUAGAAAUUGUUGAAGCAGCUGACAUGAAGCCAUCUGAUCUUAACGGUUUGGCUGAUCCCUAUGUAAAAGGUCAGAUGGGUAAUUACAGAUUCAAGACUAAGAUACAGAAGAAAACACUGACUCCAAAGUGGCUUGAGGAAUUCAAGAUCCCUAUAAUUACAUGGGAAUUGCCGAACACACUAGCUCUUGAAAUUCGUGACAAGGAUCACUUUGUUGACGAUCUACUUGGGGACUGUUCUGUUUGUAUUAAUGAUCUUAGGGAUGGUAUCAGACAUGACAUGUGGUUGCCUCUUAAGAAUAUUAAAACAGGGAGGUUGCAUCUUGCGAUAACUGUACUUGACGAGACUGCAAAGGCCGAAGAUAUGCAGUGUGACUGGGACCCAUCCACUGUGGAAGACAAGAGAAAUUCCUUUGUCAAUGAGACCAAUAAUACCAGUUCUUUCUCGUCUUUAUCAUCGGAUAAGUCUCAGAAGGUACCAGAUAAUUUUGAGCCGAUUAAUGUUGAAGGGCAAAAAGAAACUGGGAUAUGGGUCCAUCGUCCGGGAAGUGAAGUUUCACAGACUUGGGAGCCUAGAAAAGGGAAGAAUAGGCGUCUUGAUACUCAAAUUCUCGGGGAGUCAAAUGGUGUCUCAACCAAGAACUCUAGUUUAGGAGCAUCUGGAUCCCAAAACAGCAGUACUAGCACUGAUGAAUUACCUGAUGAUAAAAAUCGAGUGGGAAGAGUUAGGAGGGGUCUACAAAAGAUUACUUCGGUGUUUCACAGGAGUCCCAGAAAGGAGGAGCAGUCUGGCAGCUUUGUGGAGCCUAUUCAAUCACCACAUGUAAACAUUAAGGCAGUCAAUGCAACAGACCGUAAUGUUAUGCUGGUUGUGGAUGAAGAUGGUGGUGUGCCUUCCUCGGGAGAGAUAUUAAAUGAAGAGGAUUCAAGCUCAGAAGAAGGUGGUUCAGAGAGCCCAUUAAAGGGUAAAAUAAAAAACAAAGCAAAGAACUUCUUUAAGCAUGCUGAGAAGUCUGCUCGGAGGGUACUGUCUCGGAAAGGGUCUAGAAGACAUACAAGCGACUACCCUGCGGCGACAGACAAAGGAGUUCUAGCAGAUUAUGAUUCUUCUGAUGAUGAAUCUCUUCCUGGAAAAGUUGAGAGCAUACCAGUUGCUUCUAAUGUUGUCGUCCCCGAUGCUGAUGUUGAUGGGGGUAAUGAUUCAUCUAGCUCCAGAGAUCAUGUGGUUCAAACAAGUGAAAUUGAUACAGAAGCUGAUGCUAAAAGUAGUCCUACAGCGAAGGUAGUAAGUCCUCAAGGCUUGGAAAUGUUGCAUGAUAGAGUGGGGGAGGACAGCCUUGGUAGUAAAAGGGAUGAUGCUGAGUCUUUAAAGUUGAAGCUUGAUGAAGGCAGUUUGGAAGAGAAAGCACAAUAAUACUUGCAAGCAAUUUCUUGUAUUCUUCCUCCCCGUGGAUCAAUUUGUUUACCAAAAAAAGAAAAAAGAGAAAGAAAAAGUUUGUCUAGUUGAGGCUGCCAGCCUGUUUUUUGUUUGUAUAUCUAACCUGAAUAGUGUUUUAGGUUUCAGGUUUGAUGAACCUUAUGUCUUCUUCGUCCUGCUUUGCAAAUACACACACCAUGCGUCAAUUCCAGGUGUACUGAAUUUGGUAUUGGUGGUCUGUUAAUAUUUCUGAAGUUGGUAUAGAUUUUUUGUUUAUUUGUGAAUAUAUAUAAAAUAUAUAUUUUACAAGUUAAGAGAGCUAGAGUUGAUAUUUUGAUUGGAAUUUUGACGCCUUCUGAAUAAAAUUUGUUUUCUUUUUUAGU